UCUCUUUUUCUGUGUAUGUGUGUGUAGAUCUCUCUUUGCAUAUCCUUCAAUAUUCCCUCCCUUGAUCAUCUGCUUAAACACUGGAUUUGUGGGCAGCUCCUUCUUCUGAUUUGCUUGUGUGAUUACUAAGUAUACCUAGGCAAGAACUUGAUCAUCUGGGGCUCUAUAUUAUGAUCUCUAUUACUGUUCCUCAAUUUUCCCCUCUCAUUUUUUUUUUUUUUUGCUUUUCCCCCUUUUGGUUUUUAUGCCAAAAUCUCAUGAAAUCAAAGCCUUAGUUGUUAAGUAUUCAUGUGAUUCUUUAUCCUCCCUUUCCUUCUCACUGCUUUGUGGCUUCUCCAUCAUCUUCCUUAGGAACUCCUCCUGCUAUUUCUACCUCUCUAUUUCCUAAUAAGAAAUUACUCAUGGGUUUUGCUUGUCCAAUGGGUUGUGCUCUCUUGCUCUCCCACAACCUUCCUAAAUUUCCUCCCUAUUAUGCUUUUGCUUGUUUCUUCUGCUCUCAUGGAAUGAUAUUUCAUGUAUUGGGUACACACAAAUUAAGCUUUUGUGUUAAUCCUCCUCUCCACCUCUUCCUUUUCUCUUUGUGAUCAAGGUUUAGUAGAGAUCUCUCUCUCUCUCUCUCUUCCUUUGCCCACAUAAAAUGACACUUCUGGAAGUUUCUACACAGCUGACCUUUGAUCUUCUCCCUAAUAUUUUGGGAACCCAUGAUUCCCUUUUAAGUUCCAUGAAGCCUGAUCCAAAAUCCAUAUCACUCAAUCCCUCAGAAAUAAAUCCAAUCCUCCAAGCCUACAUGGGUCUAAUCAGGUGAGGAGGGCAAAAAAGAAGAGGCAGUAGUGGUGGUUAUUUUCUCUCUCUCUCUGUCUCUCUCUCUCUCUAUCUCUCUUUCUCUCUCCUUGGUGAGGUGGUGGUGCUUUCUUUGUCACCUUGACUUGGUUCUUUGGGAUAUUAAGUCCUUUGUUAUGCUGGAGAUUAAGCAUCAGAUUAGGCCCAGCUGCAGUAAAGCUCUUGGGCUAGUACUAUUUCUGAAGGAUCUGGAAAAAAUAGAGAAGACCCUCCUCAGAUGUUAUCCAGUGAAAACCCUUCAGAGCCUUCAUGUUCCUCUAAUCCUUCACCACCACUGAGAUCUGAUGAUAAAGCCUCUGAAAAGCUUGGGUUCCAAGAGCCUGACCCAGUAGAGUCUGAGGACACACCUACUCCCAAUUUCUGCAUAAGGGAUUAUGUUUUCACAUCAAGGAGCAAAGGCGUCGCGACGAGUUGGCCGUUUGGUUCGCGAGUAUUGCAACUUUUUGUGAAGAAUGGUGUCGAAGAUCUACUCCCACCUUUCGAACCUCCCCGUCUGGUGAGAGCCCGUUCUUCCGCGAAAGCAUUUGAACCCCACAAACCGGUCAUUUGUUCAGAAGCUGCACAAAUCUCAGCCCAUUUAGAGUCGGUUGAGCCGAAAGAUGGCGACCCGGGAGACGGAGAGCGCAUAUCAGGCUCGCCGAUAAAUGGACUGACUGAGGAGCGUCCAGAUCAUGCUCAAAACCGUCUGCCUGAAGAUAACCAAGUUGGCAGUUUUGAGGAAAUUACUGAUCAAGAAAACGAGAUAUUGCCUGCAGUGACGAGUGAUGAUCAAGCUGGGAGAGUUCAAAGUAAGAUUAGAAAGCCUGUAAAUGAGAUAGAGGUUUCCGAACCUGUUGCGCCGCCCAAGAAGCUUCAAACUCCGCCCGAGAUUUCGGAAAAGAAGUGCAAAUUAGUAGUCAAAUUGGGUUCGAGUUCAGAUACCGGCCGAGCAGAAGACUUGGUUUCUAACUCCAGCACGGUUUCUGACCCGAUGGCUUCGAAGGUUUGCCCUGUUUGCAAAGUGUUUUCCUCCACGUCAAACACCACUUUGAAUGCUCACAUAGACCAAUGCCUCUCUAUGGAGUCGAACACCAAGGAAGUAGAAACAAAACUCUUGAAGCCGAGAGUUAAACCGAGGAAGAAGAGAUUGAUGGUAGAUGUUUAUGCCACGGCGGCCCAUUGCACUCUCGAGGACCUCGAUAAGAGGAACGGGACCAAUUGGGCUGCCGAAUUGGCUUUGCUCGCCGCAAGUAGCGAUUUACGGGUGGAAAGCCAAAAACCAGACCUGACGCCGGCCGAGUCUCGAAAUGUUGAAAGUGAAGGAGCAGUUUACGUCGACUCGAAUGGCAUAAAGCUUCGGAUUUUGUCUAAGUUUAAUGACGCACCGCCUGUGAUUUCGAGCGAGGAAUCCAGACCGGGGCAGGUUGAAAUGGAGAAGGCAAGCAAGAGUGUGUUGAUCAGCAAGGAAAAGCACUUUGGAGCCAAGUACUUAAAGGCGAAGAAGCUGAAGGUGAAAGGGAAGAAAUUUAAAUUUACCUCACUCAAGCUUUCAAAAGCCCGGAUUCAAGCAAAACCAGACGGAGACGGUCUUGUAGAUGCUCAUCAGAAGGAAAAAUCAUUAUCAGAUUUGCCAAAAGUUACAGGUAAAUCCAUGAGUUGUGGACCUGCGACUCUAAGGCAGUGGGUGUGUUCCAAAAGGUCGGGUCUUCCAAAAAAGCCGAACAACAAAGACGCCCGUAAAUCCUCGGAGGAUUCAGCACAUGUUACAAGGAAGUUGGCCGUAAGCAACCAUAUAGAGUCAGCUGACUCUCAUAUUGAUAAAGGCCACAAUACGAAAUUUUGUGGGUCAUCUGAGAUAACACCCACUCCUCCACAUGAUGCUUCUCCGAGGGAAGUGUCCCCAGAACCACCCGUCUCUAUCCCCAAGUGGUCAUCCAAAGCUGCUGCUUUAUCCAGUGGUCUACGGUUCAAGCUAUCUAGAUCGCCGGGAGCUUCUGCUUCUUUGCCAAGUAAAAAGACGGAGCAUAUUGGCAUCAGAGAUGUUCAAAAGUCCCAUAAAUCUUCUGUGGAGAAGAAUUUCCUAAAUAGGAGUACAUCGUUCUCAGUGGAAGCACAGAAGGGCGAUCUGAGCGAUUCACCGAGUACAUUUAGAAAGUUCCGUAAGCAAAGAACGGUAUUGAGGACUGGUAAACGGAAAACAGAAAUUUCAUCUGAUGGAACUGAAAAUACAUGCAAAAAACCUAGGGCCCAUCAAUCUGACGCCUUGGAGAGUGAGAUGCUGGCUUAUGAACAAAGAGAAGAUCAAAACAAUGAGGUGAACCCAGGAUUGGAGGCUGGAUGCCGUGAUGCUGAAGCUGAAAUGCAAGUCGAGGCUCCGGUCUCUAAAGAUGAUGUGAGUGAUUCUUCCGCAGAAAAGAUUAUCGUCAAUGAUCCUCUGAUUACUGAAUCCGUAAACUUGGAGACCCUAGAAUCAAAUUUGAAUGGUGCGUCGGAUGUUUGCCAAUCGGUGGAAGUUCAACUUCCUUCUCUCUCAGUAAGUGAGGCUCAUCGGGAAACAAUUGUGCGAGGAUCUUCUGAUAAAGUUAUCCCUGAAGAGACCCAUGUGUACAAGGACUUGGAAUUGGGAGCUGAGGAGGAAUCUUGUGCUUCUUUGACUAGUCAUGGUAAUAUGAGUCUUGAAACACCGCAAGAUAGUAAUUCGUCUAUAACCUCGAAUAGAGAAGCCUCUAAUCAAGACCACAGUUUGGCUGUAGAUGGAGAGCCCGCAGAAUCUCCUGUUUCGACCGCUUCGACUCUCUCUCUUCACUCAUCAAAGGACAGUAAAUUCAAGGAGUUGGAAUCCAACCCAUUUACAAAAUCAGCUGGCAUCCAAGAUAACGCGGGUUUAACACUGCCGUCAGGUGAAACCGUGAGAGUAACCGAAGGAACUGUGGAGAGAAUAAUCAAUCAGGAAGCUAAAGCAGUUCUCCCUUCGAAGGAGCAUGAGCAAUCUUCUAUUGAAAAGCCCUGUUGCUGCUCUUGUGGAGAAAGCCUUUUCAAAGAAUCUCAUACUCUCAGACAAAGUCCUGCCGCACUCGGAACAACAUUGACUUCUAAAGGGAAGCAGGUUCCCAGAUUAUAUAUUGGUCCGAGAAGCUCGUCUUCCUUUAGUUCUUACCAAAGUUUGAGAAGCAGCAAUACAUUGGCUAACUUGAGCUUCAACUCGGCUAAUCAGUCUGUUUCUGCAAAGGGUUCAUCCGAGUCAGCUCUAAAUGUCUCAGCUUGCAUCGAAGCUAGUUCGAACAGUCCAUCGUGUCAAACUCAACUCCCAUCGCCUUCAAAUCCUAUACUUAGAUUGAUGGGCAAGAACUUGCUGGUGGUGAAUAAGGAUGAAACUCUUCAACCUCAAACUCCAAAUUCAGAGUUUCUCUACAAUAUGAAUUAUAUGUCUCCUCUCGGUUUUGCACCCUCGGUCGGUUCAUUGAAGUCGGAAAAUUUCCAGUAUUAUAACAUGGGUGGAUCAGCAGUUUCGAGCCAGGCUCCACUAAUGUCUGCUUGGGCUCAAUCUCAGAACAAUUUUCUGGCUCAACCUUAUCGCAAUUCUCUACAGAAGCCGUAUGAGGAGCUCAGAGCACCCUCUCGAGUUCCGUCCACGAUGCAAGAAGUGAUAGUGAUAGACGACCCUCCUGAAGCUGCAGAAAGGCCCAAAGGUAGUUUCGUUAUGACUCAAACUGCUUCGCCGCAAGCAGCUUUUUCGGCAGCCAAUCCUGUGCUGGCAAGAUCAUUCCCUGUCUUUCCGAACCAGAAUCAGUUUGUGUUCAGGGACGCAUCAGGUGCGCCGAGACCCCUGCUGCCGAAUUUCUACCCGAGGGUGAGUUCAAGUUUGGUGAUGCCAGGGAGCACUUCUGAGGGCCAAAGUGCUUUCGUGCCGACCCCUUUUAUGUUCCAGCCUCCGACAGGUCACCCGAGCCCAUCGAUUUAUUACUCACAGACCUUACAUUAACCAGAAAGUUGUAUUCAGGUUACAGCCACCUACACAAACUAAGCCAGCCUUCGAUCUCGCCGCCGCCGAAUGUUCAGAAGCCAAAGGGGCUCCAACGGCCUUUCGAGCUAUACGAAGCUGCUGAGUAUCUAACUGUUCGAGUUUUUGAAAUAGGUUGCUUAUUUAUUUUGUUCUUGCAGAAAAUGCCUUGUUGGCUUUCCAUAGAAAAAAAAAAAAAAAAAAGAACCCCUCGUGCAAAAGUUUAAUAGUAGCUUUUCUCACAGUAUGUCAAUGUAAAAUUAAAUAAUCUGUGAAUCGAACUCUUUCCGCCAAAUUGACAAUAAGUUUCGUCCUGGCAACUUGUUUUUGGGCGCUUGCAUUG